CACGUACGAGGGGUGAAGGGGGUGGGGUUGCUCAGCGGUUGCCGUGAUGAUGAUGAAGGAGGAGGUGGUGGUGGUGACUGUGGACGUGUAGUGUUGACCCGGGAUCCAACCGCGACUUGGUUGCUGCUGAAGAACGACGGCGACGACGAGGAGGAGGAGGAGAAACAACAACAAGGGAGUGGCAAGGAUUGAUAAAGGCGCAAGGGGGAGUGCAGCAGGCAUGGCGAGCAGCGAGUGAAGACGGAGCCGGGUUCGUGGGCGACGCGGAUUAGCAGUAAGGUGUGCAGUGCGUAGACGUGGUGCUGCUGCUGCUGUGAGUCAUCAUGGAUGAGCUGGCGGGUGUCUCCCUACUGUCCCUGGCCAUGCUGGUUGGGUGCUACGUGGCUGGGAGCAUUCCCCUCGCUAUCAGCCUGUCUGAGGAGAAACUGAAGCUGGUGACACUGUUGGGAGCAGGUCUUCUGUGCGGCACGGCGCUCGCCGUCAUCAUUCCCGAAGGCGUGCAUGCUUUGUACGAGGAUGCGCUACACGACGCCCACUCACACGUCACGCAGGCUGCCAAGGAGCGCUCGCACGAGGCCGCGGCGGGAGCCGCGGGACCUGCGGCGGCGGCGGCGGCGGCGGCGGCCGAGGCGCACGCGGAGGGGCACGCGGAGGGGCACGCGGAUGGACACGCGGAGCUGCACGCCUACAUCGGCGUGUCCCUCGUUCUCGGCUUCGUCUUCAUGCUGCUCAUCGAUCAGAUCGGCAGCUCGCACAUGCACACGCAGGACGACACAGAAGCGGGCCGAGCUGCAAACUCUAAGAUGACGACGACACUGGGCUUGGUGGUUCAUGCUGCAGCGGACGGGGUUGCAUUGGGUGCCGCUGCCUCCACGUCCCGCACGGCCAUUCAGCUCAUUGUGUUCGUGGCCAUCAUGUUGCACAAGGCGCCGGCCGCGUUCGGCCUCGUCUCGUUCCUGAUGCACGCGGGACUGGAGCGGAACCGCAUCCGGCGCCACCUACUCGUCUUCUCACUCGCCGCCCCUAUCCUCGCCAUCGUCACCUUCCUCGUCCUCAGCCAGAGCGGCAAGGAGUCCGCGUCCACCGUGGAUGCCACGGGGGUGGCCAUGCUCUUCUCGGCUGGAACGUUCCUCUACGUGGCCACGGUGCACGUUCUGCCGGAGGUGGGCGGCGCCGGCCACAGCCACCGCUCGGACGGGGGGGGGGUCGGCUCCCGGGGGGGGCCCGGGGGCGGCGGGAGCGACCGGGGGAGCGGGAGGGGGCCCCGCGGCCGGGCCGGCGCUGAGCAAGGUGGAGCUGGCGGUGCUGGUGAGCGGCUGCCUCCUGCCGCUCGUUCUGUCACUGGGACAUCAGCACUGAGCAACGACGGGUCGUGCGUGUGCUUGUGGGUGGGUGUGUGCGUGUAUGCAGUAAGUGUGUGGGUAUGUAAGUGUGUGGAUAUGCACGUGUGUCUGUUUUAGUACGCGUUUCGAUGUGUGUGUGUUUGUCUUUGUU